UUAUCGAUUAGAAAUGGCGUCCUCACUGUCUUUCUUUUAAGAAAAAUUCGUGUAGUCUAUUUACUAUUUAGCAGCGUUGUGCGUGUCUGACAAUUGUGAGGACACGCUGUUUUUUUUUAAGAGAACUGUCUGGCAAGAGCAACCAAAAGGCGGAAAUUAAGAGGAUUACAGGACGACAGCGCUGAGCAGAGUGCGAAAACAACAGCCAGCAGGCAUUGACGUGAAAAUGCAUUUGUAGCCCUAGCCCACAACACUUGUACACCAACACACACAUACGGUCUUGUGCACACACAAACAGAAGCAGGAAGGGAUUUGCAAAAAGGACUUAGCCGCUGCCUCAUCAUCAUCGCAAUCUUCGCCAGGUGGUGGACGAGGGGGAAGAGCAGGAGGAGGAGGAGGAGCGGCAACGGGGACGGCAACAACAAAUGGCGCUGGUGACGGUGCAGCGCUCUCCCAGUGUUCCAGGCUCCUGCUCGAAUUCGGAUGGCGAGGCCGAAGACGACGAGGGCAAUAGCAAGGGCAACGAUCGCAGUGAGUGCUUCUUCGCCGGUAAGGGCACCGCCCUGGUCCUGGCCCUCAAGGACAUCCCGCCCCAGCCACAGAGCGAGCGCCGCUUGAGCACCGACUCAAGUCGCUCCAGCAACAGCACGCAGAGCAACAACUCGGACAUCCAACUCCACCUGCAGUCCAUGUUCUUCCUGUUGCAGCGCGAGGACACGCUCAAGAUGGCUGUCAAGCUGGAGUCGCAGCGGUCCAACCGCACGCGCUAUCUGGUGAUCGCCUCGCGCAGCUGCUGUCGCUCUAGCGCAACCAGCGAACGUCGGCGCCACCGGAUUAUGCGUCACAAUUCGGCCAAAGUGGGCGGUUCUGCGGGCACCACGUCGUCCUCCUCGACGGCGGUCCCUACGCAGCGCCAGCUGUCCGUCGAGACCUCCGCCACGGAGACCAGCAGCAGCAAAUGUGAUAGAUCAGUGGACAAGGAAAACGCAACGGCGGGCGGCGACAACAAGAAUACCUCAGGCAUGGAGGAGUCCUGCCUGCUGGGCAUCGACUGCAAUGAGCGAACCACCAUUGGCCUGGUGGUGCCCAUCCUGGCGGACACCACAAUUCACCUUGAUGGGGAUGGUGGCUUCAGCGUCAAAGUUUACGAGAAGACGCACAUCUUCAAACCAGUCUCAGUGCAGGCCAUGUGGUCCGCGCUGCAAACGCUGCACAAAGUGUCGAAGAAGGCUCGUGAGAACAACUUCUAUGCCAGCGGACCUUCCCACGACUGGCUUUCCAGCUACGAGAGGCGCAUAGAGUCGGACCAAUCAUGUCUUAACGAGUGGAAUGCCAUGGACGCGCUCGAGAGCCGCCGACCCCCUUCGCCUGAUGCCAUACGAAACAAGUAGACCCCCGAAAAGGAGGAAACCGAAAGUGUCAUUAAGAUGAAGCUAAAGGCCAUCAUGAUGUCGGUGGACCUGGACGAGGUAACCUCCAAAUACAUACGUGGUCGCCUCGAGGAAAUCCUGGACAUGGAUUUGGGCGAGUAUAAGUCGUUCAUCGACGCCGAGAUGCUCGUCAUUCUCGGCCAAAUGGAUGCACCCACCAAGAUAUUCGAGCACGUGUAUUUGGGCUCUGAGUGGAACGCUAGCAACCUGGAGGAGUUACAGAAAAAUGGCGUUCGCCACAUCCUGAACGUGACGCGGGAGAUUGACAACUUCUUUCCGGGCACCUUCGAGUACUUCAACGUGCGCGUUUACGACGACGAGAAGACAAACCUGCUCAAGUAUUGGGACGAUACGUUCCGCUAUAUUUCGCGGGCGAAGGCCGAGGGCUCCAAGGUGCUGGUCCACUGCAAGAUGGGCGUCAGUCGAUCGGCCUCAGUGGUCAUUGCGUAUGCCAUGAAGGCCUACCAGUGGGAGUUCCAGCAAGCGCUGGAGCAUGUGAAAAAGCGGCGCAGCUGCAUUAAGCCGAACAAGAACUUCCUCAACCAGCUGGAGACGUACAGCGGCAUGCUAGACGCCAUGAAGAACAAGGAGAAGCUGCAGCGCAGCAAGAGCGAAACGAACUUAAAGAGCACAAAGGACGCCCGUCUGCUGCCCGGCAGCGAGCCCACUCCCCUCAUUCAGGCGCUGAACCAGGCCAAGUCUAAGUCCACUGGCGAGGCGGGCGUCACGCCAGACGGAGAGGAGGAGACUAGCUCACGGCUACACCGUCGGUCCAUCGCCCAGAAGUCGCAGCGACGCAUGGUAAGACGGUCAAGCAGCACUUCGCCUAAAACCCAAACCGCAGUGGUCACCAAACAGCAAAGCCAGUCCAUGGAGAACCUGACACCGGAGCGCAGCGUGGCCGAGGAGCCUAAGAACAUGCGCUUCCCAGGCAGCAACGGCGAGAACUACAGCGUCACCCAGAACCAAGUGCUGCACAUUCAGAAGCACACGCCUCUAUCUGUGCGCACGCGGAUUCACGAUCUCGAGGCGCACCGGGCGGACCAGCUGCAGCAGCAGCCAGUGUGGACGUCGCUGACCAAGCUGAUUACGCAGACCUCUAACCUGGGAGGAAGUAUUAGUGGCAGCGGUAGCGGAAGCAUUCAGCAGCGGCGGGAUUCCAGCUCCUCGGAUGUAUUUUCCACGCAGGUGGACAGCGUGUUUGCUAAGGAGGAAGGCGAGAAGCGGCAACGUCGCAAAACCCACUCUUGGACGGAAUCAUCCGGUCCUAGUGGCGGCAUUGUCCUCGACCAUCCUCCCCAGCAACAGAAGCACCAAACGAGCGCCAUUCUUCUGCGGCCGCGUGGUACUCGCCAAAGGGAACCGCCCUCGCGGCACGCCAGCUGGGGAUCGGGCGACAACCGGAGCAGCCUGCCGCAGAGGACCAGCUCGGGCUCUUACUACGACAGCAACCGCAACACGACGGCCAUCUUUGAGGGUGUUAUCCAGGACCUAAAGCGCAGCGGAAAUUGCAAUGUGAUCGAGGGCGUUCAUGUGACAGUGGAACCAGCCGUUGGCGAGGGCACUGUGAAGCGCACCAAGCAGAAGUUGGAAGAGAGCACGUCUUUGAAAAAGCGCUGCCAGGAGGACAGCCAGGAGCUGCUGCUUGAGACGGUGGACGCUGGACAAAAGCGGGGCACGGGUCUCUACAGGAGCGCCUCGUCGGCGCACAGUCCGCGGCAGCGCCAGCCGUUACGCUGCAACAGCGAGGAGCUGAUGCACACAAGCGACAUUGAGAACAAAAACACCACGCCUAGCGAUCAGGAGACGACGGUGGUGCUGCGCGUCCAGGGUCAGCCGCUGGCCGACGACCAGCGCAUCUCGGGCAAUGUGCAAAUACUCAAGCAGAAUUUUGAAGCCAAAGCGGGGGUGGUGGGCACGGGAGUAGGAGGAGGAGGCGGUGGAACGGCAACUGGAUCCGGAUCGGGUAGUAGUUCAACCAUCACGGCAGCAGGAUCGGUCUCUGGUGUGGGUGGGGCUAGCUCCACGAAUCCCAGCAAGAAGCCGACCAGCCACCAAUCACUGCCAUCGUCGCCGGUGGCGCAACAUGCCAACCACGUGUCCACCGCCUCGAACUCCAACUCCUCCGCCUCCAACUCGUCCGAUUCCAGCGUAAGCGAAAAUUGUGAUCGUAAUGUAAAAGGUCUAGUGCAUAAAUAUCAAACCACUACUUCCUGCAGUAGCCAGGCGGCGGCCCCGCCCACAGUCGCCUGCGCCCCACUGCCGCCCGCCGCAACCGCCAGCAGCAACUUGAGCCACGCCUGCAGCACCACCAUCACCACUAGCUUCAAGCAACGCCCGCGCUCCUACUACGACCGCUCGCUGUCGAACCGCUCGACGCACGACUACAGCGACAGUCGUCCGCCGCCCGCACCCGCACGCCACAGUCACACCAGCAACAUGCAACACCACCACCACCAACAACAGCAGCAACAACCGGAGCAGCAACAGGUGCAAAUCCGGCGGCUGGCGCAGCAUGGCAAGACGCAUCCGCUGAGCAGGCUAAGUGCUCCCAAAACAGGCUUCAAUACCGCCGCCUACAACACCAUGUAAAGGCCACGCUCUGCUUAACAACAUCUAAACUGCAACCUGCAACAUUCACAUGCCACUUGCAACUUGCAAUCCAUACAACGUAGCUUAUAAGGAAUCGUCCUCAUCCUCACGCCCGCUUUACGUAUUUAUAUAUUUGCCCGCUAUCACCCAUUUUGUGUGUUUUUGUCCAACAAUCGAACACCUCCACCCACCAUCCCCUCAUGCCUUGUGUUUGUUGUCGUUGUCUUGUUGUGUGAGGCGUCCGUGAAAGCUUCUAAAGAUCUUGUGUCUGCAACGUGUGAAUGGAACUAUUGAGAUGACAAGAGAGGGCAAACAAAACAACCUAUGGAAAUGAAACUGUAUUUGUACUUUUAAAUUACUUGUAACUGUAUACAUAUUUAUUUUAUAUUAUGCAAGAACUGCCUACGAAUAAACGAUUUAUUGUAUAUA